AAUAUAUACAACCCUCCUAUUUGAUUGCCAUUAGAGAUUAAUUUACUAUCGGACAUCACUGUUCACUGGUAGCCGCACCAAUCCACCAUUGCUAUUCGAAAUAGUGGCGAGGAUGAAUUGAAUUCGCUCCCCCCACUUCACGCCGUGUCUCAUCCCCCUCCUGGUCGAAAACCCUCCCUCUCGUCUCUUCGGAGACAUCCGAGAAAACCCUCCUCCUCGCCCCGUUUGAUCGCCUGAACAGAAGCCUCCCCCGCGGCCCCGCCCCACCCGCCCGGCGGCGCGGCAAUGUCCGCGUCGAGCGGUGGGAUCGUCAUCGACCGGCGACAGGCGAUGCCCCCCGAUUCCCCGGCGGUGGAGUUGGAGGUCGUCGGCUCACCCUCUCCAUCCGUCGCGCCAUGUCCCGCGGCGGCGGCGGGCGCCGACGCCGACAUCGAUCAUGGCGGGGGCGCGGCGGAAUUCGAGCAAGUGAGUGAUAAAAAAUUACAGGAGCGUAUUAGCCGCUGCGAAGGGAUGUUGAAGCAGGGUAUACCCCAGAGGACGCCGGAUGGUGGCGAGAAGAUGCAGGCAUGCGUCCUCCGGAUGAAGAAGGAGCUCGAACGACGGAGGGCCAGGCAGUGGAAGGAUGACACGGUUUUGAGACAGGCAGUGCAAGCUAAGUGUACUGGUGGCAGCAGGGGUGAAAUCUACGACUUAAAGUCUGAUGAUGAAACCAUGGAUAGUACGGGUAGCAAAUUCUAUCCAAACUCAAGUUUUACUCCAGCUACAAAGACCUGUACCCAGGUUAAGGGAGCUGCAUAUAAAGAAGAAAGUUCUUUAAGCCAUGCCAAAUGUGCUUACCCAAAGAAUGGUGGUCAAAUAUCUCAAGAGUCGUUGAAUCCUCAACUAAAAACUUGUGCUCAUCUUCCAAAGAGCUGCACCAUAAACCAACAGGAGAAUAGCACUGUCCAUAAACGCAUCAAUGCCACCUUUGGUAGUAACAGGAGGUCGAAACUUGCCAAAAAUAAGCCCUUGCCUUCUUUGAAGAUUAAAAAGGAUGUAGUUCUCUUGGAUGACGAUGAUGAUACAGAGCCUGCUAGAUCAGCUGAUGUUCAGAUAUCUAAUAAGUUGGAUGAGUCAACGAUCCACUAUCCUUCAAGCACUGAUCCAGAAGCAGUUGAACUGAGCUACUCUGACAUGAAAUGUCUGGAACCAGAAGAAUAUUUAAAAUCACCUGUUAUAAAUUUUUGCCUUCAGUACCUCAAGAAAUCAAGACCUCGCAGGGAUUUAUACAUGUUUAACACCUAUUUUUAUAGCAUACUUGAAGAAGCACUAUCCACGCCGGGUGACCAUGACUCAAAAUUCAGCAAGUUACGAAGAUGGUGGAGAAGUGUAGAUAUUUUUAAGAAAGCAUACAUAAUUUUGCCGAUUAAUGAAUUGAUGCACUGGAGCUUGAUCAUUGUUUGCAUGCCUACAAAAGAGUCAGAUUCUGGGCCAAUAAUGCUUCACUUGGACUCUCUUGGUAUGCACUCCAGUCAAAAGCUUUUUGACAUUGUUCAGAGGUGUAUUGAAGCAGAAUGGCGGCACCUACAGAAGGAUUCUUCUUAUGAUAUUCCAUUUUCAGGGAGGAUAUGGAAGCAUCUUUCAAGAAAUAUUUAUGGGGAAAAGGUUGAGGUGCCACGUCAGCAUAACGACUAUGAUUGUGGCCUCUUUAUGCUUUACUAUAUUGACAGGUUUAUUCUAGAGGCACCAGAGAGGUUGACAAAAGAGGGCCUUGGGAUGUUUGGACGCAGAUGGUUCGACCAUAAAAAAGCUUCAGCGCUUCGGGAACGGAUACGGCAAUUACUGUUUGAUCUAUUUGAUAUUGCUCCAGACGAGGAUGGACCAUCGGAGCCAGAGCUUCAUCCAGGUGAAGACAAAUGACAUUCGGAUGGCCUGAGCCUGCUGUUCCACAAUUAUGCUGCUUUGAUUGGAUUUGUAACCUCGACGGAGGAAAUGCCCCGUUGGCCGUUGGUUACAUACUUCCGUUUACACCCUUGUUCACUCCAAGUGAAGUUUGGCGGUGUUGGAAAUGCCCCGUUGGGCCGUUGGUUACACACUUUUAUUUACACCGUCGUUCAUUCCAAGUGAACUUAUGCGGUGGAAAUGUACAGUUCAAGAUUAUGCUUAGGCAUGCGAAUGAAAUCUUCCCAAAUAGAAUUUGCAUACUUAUAUAUUGUUACAUAUGA